AGGAGGCGCGUGCGCGGGCGGCGGCGCCCCCUUCCCGGUUCCGACGCGCUGGGGCGAGGCGAGGCACUUCAGGUGGAAUCCCGAACGCGAAGCUUACGUCUGCCUGCUCUGCAGCACUCCCACGUACGACGUGUGUGCGGACGACGCGCACGUCGAGUCGAGUCGCCACCAGUCCAGGCUUUUGUACGCAGGCGCCCCGCCGGAGUACGACUGGUUGAAGCCCCGGGAGCAUUUCGAGCUCCAAGACCACAUGGGGUUCCAGGACUGGAAGUGCCUCCUGUGCAACAAGUGGGCAGACGAAGGCCACGUGAAGAGCGCGACCCACCAGGAGGCCUUGCAGCGCUUCCGCGCGCGCUCGGCGCAGGCGGCCCGCGCCUCCGAGGAGGCUUCGCGGGCCAGCGCACGCGUGCAGCAGCAGCAACGCAGGGCGAGGCGUGUCCUCACGGUGCGCUGCUGGUCGCCCGGGCGCCGCCACGUGGAGUGCGAGGGCAGGGCAGGCCAGGCCCAGCCGCCGCUCGACGCGGCGGCCUUCGCGGCCUGGCCGCUGAAGCCGAGGCCCGGCGACCAGCUGACGGCGCCGCGCGGCCCGCAGCCGCCCAAGCUGGUUGGGCAGCCAGAAGCACUCGACGUCAAGGAGAUGGGAGAGUUCGUUGACGGUUUCGCCGACCGCGUUCGGGAAAACACGACGUCCGCCUGCUCUAUGAUGCUGAUCGAGUACCAUGGCUACAUGCACUGGAUCCUCGAGAAAGGCGACUUCUCCAAGGCUGGGGCAGUCGCCGAACGGUUGCUCGGCAUCUUGGCCGACGCCGUGGCGGCCCCCUGUCUCGACGGCGCGCGCUCCGCGGCGCGCACGUGGCUGCGCCAGGCCAUUCCGAGCCGCUUCGUCGGAAAGGUGCUGCCCGCCCUGCUCGGCACGAGCCCUCCGCACAUCGUCGCGCGUGCCGCGGAGUUCGCGGAGCAGGUCGUCGCCCAGUCCCCCGAGGCCCUCGCCUACGUCUGCCCGUUGCUCAAUGCCGCGGUGGAGCGCGACGGCGCCGAGGUCGCCCGGAUGAGCCGGUGCUUGCGCGAGGCUGGAGAUGCGCUGGCCCGCGACAGGGGGCUGUGGGACGCGGUCUCUUGGCGCCGCCUGCCCACGGCGCCAGCGCUGCUGAGCCCCGACUUGGCCGAUCUGUCUGCGCUGCCGUCGGCCAAGCCGAGCUACGCGAGCACCGAGGAGUACUUGGACACCAUGUACAGGCUCCUGCGAGCGAACUGCUUCGCCUCGGUCCAGCGAGGCGUCCGGAACAUCUUGGAAGGCCGCGCCGCCAAGGAGGACGUGCGCAUGUACCGCGCCAGGGUCCAGAGCUGCGGGCUAUUGGUCCGGGGGGCGGGGGGCUUCGUCGUGAAGAUGCUGUGCGAGCCGCUGCAGGUGGGUGCACAUGCAAGGCCUUCCCGCGGACGGGCGCUCCAACAUGGUGCAAUUGUUGCUGUUUCGCUGGCCUCGCAGGCCUUCGCCAGGGUCGCGUGGGGUCGCGUCCUGGACCGCCAGGGCGGCGCGCGCUGCGGCAUCGAGGCGAAGCUCGAGUGGCCGGAAGACCUCAACGGAGGCCUCAAAGGCUUCGACCUGCUGAUGGCGCUGCUCUCGGCGACGGAGCGGCAGCUGCUCUGUGCCGAGGCCCCAGUCUUCUUCCAGGCUCACGGGCCAGUGCUCCGCGUGCUGCAGUCGAUGGACGCGGGGAGCUUGCCGCUCGGCGAGGCCCUGCUGGGCGGCGAGGCUGCAGAAGCAGCGACCCAACGCGACGUGGUGCCGGGCGCGCCCGCGGUGGAAGCACGGCUGAGGCGCAACCUAGAGGAGGAGAACAUCAAGCUCGAUCCCAAGCAGGCCGAGGCGCUUGAGCGCCUCGUCAGGCGGCCACUUGCAGUGGUGCAGGGGCCACCAGGCACUGGCAAGACUUUCACGAGCCUCCUGGCGGUCAAGGCGCUGACGGCCACGCGCGAGGGCCAGGAAGGCGACGACCCCGAGGUCAGCGGAGGAAGCAGCGGCGAGGAGGCGCGAGCUCCCGAGGGCGAUAUUCCCGUUCUGGUGCUGUGCGACAAGAACCACGCUUUGGACGAGUUCUUGGUGAAGGCGCUGCGCUUCACUAAGAGGCUCGUGCGCCUGGGCGGCCGGGCGUCGGAUGAACUCCAGGGCUACAACCUGCAGAGCAUGGCCUCCCAGCAGCCGAAGGACCCUGUCCUGGGGCGCAGGCUGCGCGCGGUGUUCGAGGAGCGAGUCGCGAACAGGGACAGCAUCGUGGCUAUGAUCGCUGAGCUCUUCGAGUCAACGGCGCUGCCUCGACUGUUGCUUACCCGGGCAACCUUGGAACAGCUCAAAUCGUUGGUGAAUGGAUGUCCCGUGCAGCACAGCAGUCACGAGGCCGUCAGCAAUUACCUCGAGCACGGCCUGCGAGAGGACGUGGGGCCCGAGGAUCUCGAGCUCUGCCUCCACGAGUGGCUCCGCGACGUGCCCAUGCGGCUGCGCAGCGGAGGGCACCCGGCGCACCUCGACGCCGCGCAGAGGGAGGAGCGCGAGGAGAGCAGCGACGACGACCCCGACGACCGGGCCGGGCACCAGCAGUCGCUGGGAGCGCAGACGUUGCCUCUGGAGAUGCCAGACUGGCGGGGCUUCGACGUGACCGUGGGCAGCCACGCGGAGGCGCUGGAGGCGGCCGCGGCGGAGGACCUGUGGUCGCUUGGGGCGGAGGGCCGGGCGGCGCUGCUGCAGCACUGGCUCUCCUCGGAGGCGGAGGCGGCCAAGGCCGAGGUGGACGCCGCGCUCGAGGUCGACGCGCUGCUCGGAGCCCGCCUCGCGGAGCUGGAGCGGCAGAGGAGCACGGCCGUGCUCCGCUCCGCGCAGAUCGUCGCCUGCACGAUCUCGGGCGCGGCCAUGCGCGCGGAGCUGCUGCGCGAGGUCGGCUUCCGCGACGUGGUCGUGGAGGAGGCCGCGGAGAUCCUGGAGCCGCAGCUGCUGGCCGCGCUCCCGGCGACCACGCGCCGGCUGCUGCUGGUGGGCGACCACGAGCAGCUGCGCCCGCGCCUCGAGGAGGAG